CUGCAAUUAAACCAAUAGGAGGUCACAAAAAUUGAUGAAGAUUUUCACCAGCUGUUUGUGUUUGUCUUCUGUUUCUGGCUCUGACCUGUUACCUUUGCAUGGCAUCACAGUGGGGGAACGGAUGUGCGUUUCAGAGCUCCGCGUUCCGGUGCCGUGGGGAGAGAUCCGGGGUCGGGUCUGGGGUCCGGAUCACGGACGUCCGGUUCUGUGUCUGCACGGCUGGGCCGAUAACUGCGGCUCCUUCAACACCCUCAUCCCUCUGCUGCCCAGAGACUGCACAUACGUGACGCUGGACCUGGCCGGACACGGCCGCUCGUCCCACCGCGCCCCCGGGGUCUUCUACACUUUUCCCGCCUACGUGGCCGACGUGCUCCGAGUGGCCGACGCCCUGCAGCUCCGGUCCUUCUCCAUCAUGGGCCACAGCAUGGGCGCCGACGUUGCAGAAAUGUUCAGUGCCUUGUAUCCAGAGAUGGUGGAUGCUCUCAUUCUCCUCGACUCUUAUGGGAUCUACCCAACAGAUAUGAAGGAGUUCUUCACGGUGCUGAAGGAGGGAAUGGACAAGAUGCUUCAGUUUGAGAAACGCUCCACCAACAGGAGCGUGUAUACUUUUGAGGAGGCGGUCCAGAGGCUGCUGGCUGCAAACCCGGCCCUGUCUCUGCCGUCGGCACGCUGCCUCCUAGAGCGGGGACUCGAUGCAGCGGAGGGAGGAUUUGUCUUCUCCAGAGACCCCAGAGUUAAUUUUAGGAACAUCUUAGGGCUGAGUUUGGAGGACAGUCUGGACAUGCACUCGAGUAUCCAAGCUCCAGUUCUGGCUGUUCUAGCAGAGGAUGGAUUUUGUAAACUAUUUUCUGAUCCUUCGUUGGAGGAAUUCACAUCAGCGCUUCACCAAAGCUCACGGGACAAAAACCACACUAUGGUGACGGUACCAGGGGACCACCACGUCCAUCUGAAUAAUCCCCAUGCCGUGGCUCCAUUUGUGACGGACUUCCUGCGAACCAGAGUCUUGUCUCAGUCAGUCAAGCAUGAGCACAAGUUGUAAACCAAAGUGUCUUCGAUCAGGAAGUACAGAAUCACCCUGGCAUGUGCUGAGUCUCACUGGCGAAUUCCUCAUCUGAAAUACUUCAGUGGCUCAAGAACUUAAAGUUCUGGCACCACUGAACAUCCCGUUGGGGAUCAUCAAGAUCUGCAGCAGCUGGCAGAGCAUCUCCACACAUUACACAAAUUACAAGUAUAUAAUACUGUCUAUAUGAAAUAAAAAGCAUUAAUUGUAAAACAAA